AUGGCUUCUGAAAUCCCAAAGUGGAGGGUCCGUACUUCUAUUGCUUCGUCAUAUAUUAUUGAAAUGAAUCGUUUGCUGGGAGAAGACCAUUUUCAACGAAUUGCUAUGACACCAUUCAGGUGGUGUGUGUACCUACGUGAGGAAGUGGACGUAAACUGCGAGUUAUUGAAGGUCAUGGUCUGUAGAUGGGCAGGGCAUGAUGUUAGCUUUAGGUUGAGUCAUCAGUUGGUUCCAUUUACAGUUCUAGAUGUUUUUAUGACCACAGGUUUAGGUAUAGGGGGUUUAGAAAUACCGUUUGAUGAAUGUAUAGAAGGUUUGGUUGGAGAAAUGUUUAACAGAAAGAACACAUCUUUGAAAGACUUGGUUCACGUGUUUAAUGUGAUUGUUUUAGACAACAACACAGACAUUGAUGUUGUUUGUAGAUUGUAUAUAUUUGUCUGUUUGGUUGUCUUUUUCUUUCCUAGGAAGUCUAAGAUAGUUGCUAACAUGCCAUCAAAAGUCUUAGAUGACCUAGAUAGUCUUUGUUUAUAUGAUUGGGCUACCGGUGUACAUAAACACCUUGUUGAUAGUUUGAAUAAAGGCAUGAAAAAAAUAAUGGCUGGACNAACCCACAGUUCACUGAGUCUAAGUGGCAAUGUUGCGGUAUUGCAGGCUUGGGUGGUGGAAAGAUUUUCCUUGGAUGGUUAUCCAAAUCAUAGGGAUUUCCCUCGCAUGUUGCGUUGGUUCCGCUAUAAGGCACGAUCAUAUGAAAAUAUUGAUGAUAUUUUUCGGACUGGAGAAUUUAAGUCGGAGUGGUAUGUUGGCGAGCGUGUGCGUGACUUGCCGGACAUCAAAGCUGCUUUUGAGCUUUUUGAUGGAGGGAUAGGUAUAGCGCAAUUGCCAAAACGAUGUAGAGUUGACGAAGGUGAUGAUGAUAGCUCCGAUGAUGGCACCUUUGAAGCAAACCUUGAGGAGAUAUUGAAGAAGAAUAAUGAAGAAAUGAUGGCGUUGACUUCAAGGCUGGUUUUGUUGAAGAAUGAGGUAUUUAAAAUUCGUGAAAUUCCAAUUGUGAAUGAAGAAGGUGUUGGAGGAGUUGAUGAAGAACCUUUAGGUGAAGAAGGUGUUGGAGGAGUUCAUGAAGAACCUUUAGGUGAAGAAGGUGUUGGAGGAGUUCAUGAAGAACUUUUAGGUGAAGAAGGUGUUGGAGGAGUUCAUGAACAACCUUUAGGUGAAGUUGUUGGAGGAGUUCAUGAAGAACCUUUAGGUGGAGCUUUCAAUGAAGAACUUGUGGUUGAAUUUGAACAAGAAGUUCAAAAGGUUGUUGAAAUUGUUGAAAUUGUUGAAUAUGAACAAUCGGAUGCACCGCAACCAAUGUCAAUCGAACCUCUGCGUGCAGUUGCUGGUGAUCCAAGGCCUAACGUCAAUGCUGACCAACUCUACAUCGCCGUUGGCGUAAGGGAUAGACCGCACAGGAUCGUGUGUGAAAUAAUUGGGCAGACACUGAGCACAACAUUUAUUCAUACCUUAGGUCCUUACAAAUACUUUGAUAACAUGUUGGUGCUAUUUGUAACGACCAUAUUUAUGCACUUUGAGAAAAGGAGGACGGGGGUUGUGAAGAGGAUCCUUUUUAGUUCGUUAUAUGCGGACCUUAUAAUAAAUGAUUAUUUGAAGAAGGACAAAAACCGUCGUGUGUUUACUGCUCAUAAUUACAGCACCUGUUUGCGUGCGGGACACUUUAGCCUUGCAGAUAUUCCAAGAGUUGACUUUCUGUUUCUUCCUUUUUGCCAUNAUUAUCAUUGGUGGUGCUAUGUUGUAAAAAUUAGCACAUUGGAAGUAUAUAUUAUUGAUUCUAUGGCGAAGGGCGUAAGAGACCGUAGAAGGAUUGACAUUGCUGUGGCUGAAAACCUUGACCGAUUUUUUUGCAUGUUGUACAACAGACCACAAGGGAGUAUUGGACCAUUGUCUAUUGUACAACCAAAUAUCCCAUCCCAGCCAAACCUGUAA